AUGCCCAAACUCACCCUGACUUGGGCGCUCCUUUUCUUCUUUUUCCUUGCCGCCGCCCUCUACGGCUUCGAGCUGCACGCGUUUGUGGCCUCCUUUGCCCUCCUUCCAGAAGCCCUUCCAUGGCAAUACGUCCUUCUCUGGAGCUCGGUGGCCCUUGGAGCCGCCAUCUCGUGUUUUGGAACAUCCCUUUUGGUGGAUUUUGGCGGUUCUGUCGCUGCCGUCCAACUUGGUUUUGUCGUUUGGACCGCUGCUUCCGUGGGUCUUGUUUUUGUCGAAAACAUCUUCCUUUUGAUGGCGGGCCGGGCCUUGGUGGGUGCCGGGGCCGGGAUGGCUCUGGCCGGAGGGCUUGUUUACGCGUCUCAGAUGGCCAAGUUCCGUGGUUUUGCUGUUCUGGCCGCUUUUGUCGGUGGUGUUUGUGGCAAAAUGGUGGGACGAGGCUUUCUGGCGAUUUUGGAGAAAAAGGCUACGGAAAAGUGGCAAAUAAAGGCGCCGCUUGUGGUUCAAGCCGUCUGGGCGGCGCUUUUGGCCCUUCUGGGCUUCUUUUUCCCAGAAUACCCGCCCUGGCUUCAAUGGAGAGGGUUUCUUGAAAGAGCCAACGAAACACGCUACGCGUUGGCGCCACGGGCUUUUCCCGAAAACGGCCGUUCUUGCUCGUGGAAACAGCUUUUGGAAAACCACAAAUUGAGCCUUCUGAGGGCGGUUCUUUGUCAGAUCUGGAUCCACUUGACCGGCGUGUCUAUGAUGGUGUUUUGUCUUCCCGUGCUUCUUCCGCUGUUCCAGCGUGGCGGGUUCGGCGACGUGGCGUUUUUUGCCGUUCACGGUCUUAUGGCGGGGGCAGCGGUGCUAGCGGUUCCAGUAAGUCAGUGGGGUUCACGGCGGUUCUUUUUGAUGUACGGCUACGGGCUUCUUGGAGCGACGUUUUCGGCGCUUUUCGGGCUCUUUAUGCAUUUUGGGCAGACUAGCAACGGAGAAAUCUUGAAUGUUGUUCUUCCUCCUAAAAUUGCCUCCUGGGGGUUGGCGGUGUUCUUUUUUGUGUUCACCGUGGAUGCCCUUUAUAUCUCGCCAUUGGCUGCCCAGUACACCGUGGAGGUGCUUCCCAGAGAGGCGUAUUCUAAGGGCAUUUGCAUUUCUAUGGCGUUUUCGUGGCUUUUCUAUGGAGCUUCUAUGUUUGGCGUGCCGUUGGUAUUUCGGGUUCUUCAGGAAUGGGCGUUUCUCGUUCUCGGAUUGAGCUGCUUUGCUGGGGCGCUUCUUUUGGCUUUCUUCCCAUGCAAGAAGGAGGAAGAGGUCUGGGAGACAGAAAUUUCGACGCCUGUGGCUGCUCCUUUGAAACCUAAGACGUCACUCCAUGCCCUGGAGGUACCGGAAGAUCCUCCGCUUGUCUUCACUAAACGCAGCUCAGAGUUUCCUACUUUUGGCAAGCACGUCGCUAAAUUGCUCCCAGCUCACCAGAGACUGCUGGAAACAAGCGACCCUGUCCCCUCCAAGGAAUUGCCGUUGGUGACUGCCAGGCAGUGUUCAGAAAACGAGUCCUCCAAUGCCCAAUCCACGGUGAUUCUUCAAACCGCCAAAGCCCACCAGAGCGUAAAGCUGCAGCUUGGCUCGCAUUUAAACGGCUUGUGGUCAGCCAGUGAGGUUGAGUUUAGGAGACUGGAGGAGCCUGGCAUGGAUCGUGGUGGAUUGAAGGAGGAGUUUGAAGGCCCAGGUCUAUUUGGCGAGGCAGAGCAGCCCGUAGCGCUUUUUGGAAGAAGGCUGGGCAAAAGGGGGCUUCUAAAUGCCAAUACUACGUCCUCCUAG